UCAAAGUCCGCAGGGGGGUGUAUCCAGGCAGGUGAAAGGCCCUUAGGUGUGUCUCCCCACCCAGCCCAGCUGCGGGCGAAGGGCAGCUCUAACCUGAGCUCAGAGUCUGUGCCGAGCAGGAAAAGGCUCCGGCGUCAUUUGGAAACUGACAUGUCUCAUGAGGAUAAUGGCGGAUUUGGGGCCAGAGCGGAGCCCGUCGGCCGAUCCCUAGAAGAGAGGAAGGAAUCAGAGACAUUUCAGGAUCCUUCUGUGGAUUCCCCCAAACCCGGACCUGCUGGAGCAGGGCAGGAGAGAAGCUGAGCGGAGCCCUUGUGAGGACAACUCCCCAGAGGGACCGAACUGAAUCCAUGGGACCUGCAUCUCCUCUGCCCUGGGAACCUGGUGGGAGCUGCAAUCCCAGGGGGAGGCGACGGAUGAGCUGAGAGCCCGUUUCAGCCCCGCUCUGCAGGACUCUGACCCAGAGCCCCACUAAGGGCAACACAAAACCAGCCUGUGACCCGGAUCUCGGCCCGUGGGGCGGGUGCGUCUCCGUAGUCAGAGAGGGGAGAAGGCGGGAGGAACGGGCAAGUGACAGAUCGGGCCAUGGAUCGGCCUUCAGCAGGCUCCAACCCAAAGUCUGUGAGUGUGAUAAGUUGCACGUCACAGCGCAGAGAGUGAAUCACCAGCAGGAAGCAUCCAAAUCCCGGAGAAGCUGCUUCGACUGAGUCCAGCAGGGAGCCCUCGUGUGAGGGGCAGCGCCAGGAUGGGUGACCCCAGCGAGGGGGCAGAGCUGACCCCCACCUCAGUGGAGUAUGAGAUGAGCGUGUCUGACACAGAUAAGGAGUCCCGGUGCCACAUCUCUGAGCCCAUGGGGGCCGUGUGUCUGACCAGUUUAUGUUCCCACCCCCAGCCGCUGAGCAUGGAGACCCUGCAGGGAGCGCGGGAUGGACUGGAGCGAUGCGGGGAGCUGGGUGAGGAGCUGGGCAGUUGCCUGGACCUCGCCCUGGACAGGUUCUGCCGGGAGCCCCUGUAUGUGCAGGAGAACGCCAGGCUGCUGAUCCGCUGGGACGUGGGGGAGCUGGAGUUCGUCUCUGGGGAAGGACAGUGUGAGAUCUCGGUGUACUACAUGGACAGUGAACCCCAUUAUCACAUCACAGCACAGACUGGGGAUGUGUAUCUGGCUUGGUUACUGUCUCACCCAGAACCACUGAGCAGUGCAAACCUAGCGAGUGUGAGGGACAGUCUGGAGUCCUGCGGAGUGAUGGGUGAGGAGCUGAGAAACUCCUUUAAUCUUGCCCUGCAGGAAUUUCACCGAGAGCCCCCGUGUGUGCAGGCCAACGCCAAGAUGCUGAUCCAGUGCAAAAGGGGGAGCCUGGAGUUCCUGUCGGGGGAAGGGGAGUGUGAGAUCUCCGUGCGCUACAGGGACGGGAGACCCCACUAUGAUCUUGGGGAGCUCCCCGUUCACAUGUACCUAGAUCGGUUACAUGCUCACCCAGAACCACUGACCACCGACACCCUGUGGAGGGUGUGGAGAAAACUGGUGUCCUGUCGGAGAGAAACGGCUACCCUAAGAGCCUGUAUUUCCCACGCCUUGGAGCAAUUCAUUUUGGAGCCCCAGUGUGUGCAGGAGAACGCCAGGCUGCUGAUCCGGUGGGGUGGGGGGGAGCUGGAGUUCGUCUCCGGCCAGGGGCAGUGUGAGAUCUCGGUGCUCCUCGCCGAUGGGAGACCCCAGUAUCACAUCACAGAGCUGGGAGGGGACAGGCCAGUGACUUGGUCACACACCAACCCAGAGCCGCUGAGUGUCACAGACCUAGCGAGGGUGCGGGACAGACUGGGGCGCUGGGGGGCACUGGGUGAGGGGCUGAGCGGCUGCUUUGAGGAGGCCAUUUCCCAGUUCAGCCGGGAGCCCCCGUGUGUGCAGGAGAACGCCAGGAUGGUGAUCUGGUGGGAUGGGGGGAGCCUGAAAUUUCUGUCAGGGGAUGGGCAGUGUGAGAUCUCCGUGUUCUGUUUCAAAAGGCUCCCUCUGUACCUGGAUAGGGAGCUCCCCGUGCACAUGUACCUGGCUCGGUUACGCACCCGCCCAGAACCACUGAGCGCCAACAGCCUACAGAGAGUAUGGAGCAAACUGGGGUCAUGUAAGGGGAACAGAGAUGAUCUAAAAGCCUGCUUGUACUGCGCCUGGGAGGGGUUCAGCCGGGAGCCCCAGUGUGUGCAGGAGAACGCCAGGCUGCUGAUCCGGUGGAGUGGGGAGGAGCUGGAGUUCAUCUCAGGGAAGGGGGAAUGUGAGAUCACAGUUUGCUAUGGGAACGGGAGACCCCAGUACCAUGAUGUGAAGAUCCCAGUGCACAUGUACCUGGAGCGGUUACAUGCCAGCCCAGACCCCCUGAGCACGAACACCCUACGGAGAGUGUUGAGUGAACUGGGGUCCUGUCAUGGAGACACUCACGCCCUGAGAGCCUGUUUUCUCUGUGCCUGGCAGGGGUUCUGCCGGGAGCCCCGGUGUGUGCAGGAGAACGCCAGGCUGCUGAUCCACUGGGGUGAGGAGGAGCUGCAGUUUGUCUCUGGCCAGGGGCAGUGUGAGAUCUCGGUGCUCCUCGCCGAUGGGGAACCCCAGUAUCACAUCACAGAGCUGGGAGGGGACAGGCCAGUGACUUGGUCACACACCAGCCCAGAGCCGCUGAGCGUUGCAGACCUAGUGAGGGUGCGGGACAGACUGGGGCACUGGGGGAUGCUGGGUGAGGGGCUGAGCGGCUGCUUUGAGGAGGCCAUUUCCCAGUUCAGCCGGGAGCCCCGGUGUGUGCAGGGGAACGCCAGGAUGAAGCUCUGUUUGGGAAAGGAGAGACUGAAGUUUCUUUCAGGGGAGGGGGAAUGUGAGAUCUCUGUACAUAACAGAGAUGGGAGACCCCAGUACAAGGUUGGCGAGCUCCCAGUGCACAUGUACGUGGCUCAGUUACGCGCCCACCCAGAACCACUGAGCGCCGACACCCUGUGGAGAGUGUUGAGAAAACUGUUGUCCUGUCGGGGAUACACCAGUACCCUAAGAGCCUGUGUUUGCCAAGCCUUGGACCAGUUCGUUCAGGAGCCCCGGUGUGUGCAGGAGAACGCCAGGCUGCUGAUCCACUGGGAUGGGCAGGAGCUGGAGUUCAUCUCCAGCUGGGGGCAGUGUGAGAUCUCGGUGCUCCUCGCCGAUGGGGAACCCCAGUAUCACAUCACAGAGCUGGGAGGGGACAGGCCAGUGACUUGGUCACACACCAGCCCAGAACCGCUGAGCGUCGCAGACCUAGCGAGGGUGCGGGACAGACUGGGGCGCUGGGGGGUGCCGGGUGAGGAGCUGAGCUGCUGCUUUGAGGAGGCCAUUUCCCAGUUCAGCCAGGAGCCCCCGUCCGUGCAGAGGAACGCCAGGAUGAGGCUGUGCUGGUACAGGGGGAGCCUGGAGUUCCUGUCAGGGGAAGGAUUGUGCAAGAUCUCUGUGUGCUGCAGGGACGGGAGACCUCAGUAUGAUGUUGGGCAGCUCCCAAUACACAUAUACCUGGAUCGGUUACAUGCCAACCCACCACCACUGAGUUCUGAUAUUUUGCUGCGUGUGUGCAAUGAACUGCAGUUCUGUGAGGGAGACACUGAAGCCCUGAGAGCCUGUUUAGAGCGAGCCUGGGAUGGAUUCUGUUCGGAGCCCAUUUCCAUUCAAAACAACUCCAAGUUAACCGUCCAGUGUGAUCAGGUGACUUUGGAAUUCACAUCGGGGGGAGCGGAGAAUGAAAUCAAGGUGUGUAGGGGCAGGGAUGGGGAGAUCCAAUACACAGUCAAGGAACUGGAAUGGUGGGAGCGACUAGCUCGACUUUUUCAAUAGAAACGUAGGUAGAGUAUUGCCCAGAAACCCAGGGCCAGGGUCCAAAGGGAUACGACUGGGGGUGUGAAUUACACCACAGGAUGUGCCUGUGAACGGUCUGAACUGGCAUUACUCACAGAAAGGGCUGUUGAGUGAGUGAAAGUCAGGGGUGAAACAAAUUCAUCCCUUGUAUCACUCUAUUCAGGACUUUCCAACUUCUCCUCUGCUAUAGGGGGGGCUGGGCCCUUUAAGACGAAACUGAUCCUGUCCACUUGUGCGGCAUUAAUACCCACUUGAUGAGGCCAGAUAGAGGGCAGCUGGUGUCCAUAAAGGACCAGAGAGGAUGCUAGGGCAGGGGAAGCUGCAGAGAGUAGAAAGGGUCUUGUGGACUAUGACGAGAAGAAGGCUGCAGGGGAGUUGGAGACAGCAGGGGAACAAGGUAGGGUUGGGAGGGACCUGCUAAAAGCCAGGAACUGAGUUUGAUUUGGUUGGCUUCAUUAUGGGACUUUGAGUUUUGUGUGCA